AUGGCCAGUCUGAGAACGACACUCCCUGGAAUUGUAGGUGGUGGGGCCCAGGACAUACCUUGGGAAUCGCGAUCGCCAUUGGGUCCCGGUGAUGAUUUUUGGUCAUCGAAACCUGGCGUUUGCUAUGUGCCGCCAGUAAAACGCACCCAUCUCAGUGCAAGGGUUCCCCGUAGUCCACUGGGGCAGGCGGCAGAGAACCAGCUCGGUUCAGCAAGGCGAGAGAGGCCUUCUGGAGAGGCCCAUCUGGGCAGAGCGUUGCCAGGGGCUGCACAGAUUACCGCUUGGGUGGAACGAGAGCUGCAAACUGUGGGUCCAAGCGGCAUUGUCCCGCAGCACGACCGGGUCCGUAUAUUGGGCGAAGCCUUCAGUCGGGCGAUUGAGCUUCUUCCAGAGUACCGUCCGCUGCUAUUUUCUUACCAACGUGAGAUUGAUGAUUUUAUUGAGAAGUUGCAGGACCAGAUUCGUGACCUGCAAAAUGCCGAAGGCCGCUUGAAGACGAUGAAG